AUGUCUCGGUCAAUACCACCUUAUAUUCUUCAGGAGCUACCAGACAUUUUUGAAACAGUGAACUAUCCCAUACGAAAUAUACAUCGCAUAAAGUAUACAUGCUUCGAUGUAUCUAAGUCUUUGAUAGCAUUUGGAGCGACAAGUGGUGGUAUUUAUGUGUUUAAUCGAUUACCCUGUGAGUUUGUUCAACUGAUUCCUAGCAAGGAUGGCCCUAUCACAAGAUUAUCAAUAUCUCCGGACGAACAAUACAUAGGCUUCACAAAUGGUAAAGGCAUGGUGACUGUGACUAGAUGUGAUCAAAAUCUCAGCGGUUAUUCAUCACAUUUGAAACAUCAUGGGAAUGAAGUGACAUGUAUGGUGUGGUCAAAUAAUAUGUUGUUCACCGGUGAUGAUGUCGGCAAAGUCUGUGUGUUACAGUUGCAGAAUUUCAUUGCUAAAACCAUGUUCCAGAGUUCAUCACAGAUUAUUAUGAGUUUAGAUUCGAGGAUAUGUCAAAUAGAUGCCAAAGAAUGUAUGUUGCUAGUUUCAACACUAACACGUUGUUAUAUUUGUAACACUAUACAGGAGCAAUACAGACAGAUAGGACAAAAACUUAGAGAUGGCGAAUACGGUGCUUGUUUCGUUACUAUGGAAAAAAUUGUUACUAAUGGCACCUCAGAAAACAAACAUGAAAAUUUUAUAGAAGCGAAGAAGUAUAAUAUAGUUGAUGAUGAUGUGGGAUUUGUUGUUGGCGAAGAAUUUUCCAAUACAGUAAUAUAUUGUGCUAGACCAUCUUCUAGGCUAUGGGAGGCGACUGUAGAUGGCAUGGUAAGAAGAACCCAUCAAUUUAAACAGGUCCUAUCAAAUAAUCCCUCUAAAGUUAUCACCAAAGAAUUAUAUGAUAGACAAAUGUUUGUUCUCGAUGAUACCAAUGAUCACACAAAUGGACAGUCAGUGAAUUUUACGAAAAUAUAUAACUUCAAUAAAACAAUAUUUUCAUAUAGCAAAAAUGCUUUAUAUUUUCUUAACGUGGAAAGAGUGGAUGAAACUAUUUGGUUUGAUGAGUACAAAGAUAUAGUAGAAUGUAGGGUUUAUGGUGAUAUAUUGUAUAUUUGGCGAGCAAAUGGCUGUUUGGUUAGUUUGAGACUGAUGGAAGUAGACAGGUUUCUUGUCAAAAGCUAUUUUGACGAAAAGUAUGCGCUAUGCGCUGAACUAUGUAUGGCUUUCAAAGAAUAUUUGCUAACACGUAACUUAUCUCCUAAAAUACAUAAUUUGGUGGGCCUGAAGGACAAAAUAGAUAACGGUGUUAUUAAAAGUCUUGAAGAUGUUUUAGAGAAAUUCAAUAGUCUGAAAACUAGUGAUGCAACGAAAACGAAGUCUGGAAUAUUUGUAGUUGAUAAUACAUAUCAAAGUUUGUUAGAUGAUAGAAAAACGAAAAUUAGCGAGGAAAAUGUUUUUGGUCCUGUCUCACCCGAAGCUAUGCAGGCUUUGAAAGAAUUAAGUAUAACUGUAUCAGACAAGUUAAAUACAAGUAAAAAAAUCAUAAAGGAAAAAUGGGGUGGUUUUGAAGAAAGGAUGAAACAUUUGAGUAUAGAAAAACAUGAAGCCAGUCCGAUAAGAAACGAAAAUGUAACAAAAUGGGUAUCACGUGAUGACUAUGAAGGUGAAGAAACGCCUAUUGUAUUAGAAAAUAACAUAGUGUUCAAGGAAUCUAGUCCAAUAGUGACAGAAAAUACAAUUGUAGAUGAAUUCGAAGUAUGCAAAAUGUUAUACCAAUAUUCCAGAUUGAGUGUUGUAAUCGAAUCAUCCGAUUUAAAUUCAAUAAUAGAAAAUAAUACUUGCAAUAUGAAGGAAGUGCACGAUCUUAUGUUGCUGCUCCAAAAAUAUUGUAUGUCUAUCAACGCUAUAGAGGAAUCGAAAUUUGUUCCAAACAAUAUAUUCCUUACUUACUUGAAUACUUCUAGUAAUAAGUGCGAUUUAUUGGAUGUCAUAAUAAAUGACGAAGUGCUUUAUAAAUAUUUUGUUGACUCAUGUAUAGCUGUCAAUAUGAAAAUUCAGAAACAUUUGAGUUUGGGUUGUGAAUGCGGUUUUCCUUUGCCAUACGUGAGGACGAGUCAAAUGCCAGUAUUUUCGGAUUUGAUAGAUCAGUUUAUAGAAAGACAAUGGUCAAGUCAAACUAAGGAACAGUGUUAUGAAGUGUGCAAACAGAUGCCGUAUCUUUGGAGAAAAAUUUUAUAUCUUAGAAGGAAUGAAGAUUUGAUAAAUGUGCUGAGGAUUCUCUUGCAAAUGCUGGACGAGGGACUCUUACAUUCAUUUCUACCUCAAUUCACAUUGGACACCUGGGAAAGAACAAUUCAACUUUAUGCGACGCUAUAUGGAAAUAUUUGUUUGAAUUGCAACAAAAAAUUUAAUCAUGUGUCUGUUAAAGACAUGCUUAGCUGGGAUUAUUUAGGUUCACUUAUGAUAAAGUCUAUCGGUGGCAAAAGAGCUAUCCAAGUUAUGCAGAAAUAUGCAAAUUUGAUAGAAAUGGGCGCUUUGACAAUGAAGUUUUAUCAUACUUGUCUCUUGGUAUCUUUAUAUGAAAAAAUUGAUGUCACCAUAAAUAUAAUCUUGGUGGAUACAAUAUACAGUUCAUACAAAUUCAAAGAAUCCAGGGUUGAGAUACACAAACUAUUGCAAAAUACGUCUGACGGUGUUAUAAAAAACACAGCUUUGCCAUUGACUGUUGCUGCGACAUCGCCUUACUGGGGACUGAAGAAAGUAUACGAAAAUAUAUCAAACGAAUCAGAUUCUGUUAUAAACGAUAUAUCGAUAGCUAUGACAAAUAAUAAUAUAAUAGAUUGUGAUCUCUGCGGUCUGCCAUUACAGAAUGAAGUAUUAAUACAAGAUGGCGGAUUAUGGGUUUUUAAAUGUGGCCAUACUUUUCAUGGCGCUUGCUUGAAUUUGAAUCAAAUCAAACUUUGCCCAUCAUGUUCUAUAAAUUGA